AUGUGCACUCGAUAUGAAUUUGUAGCCCCGGAAACGUUCAACGUUAUUCUCGACAAUUAUCUCGAGCGGCGCUCUGAAAAGAGAAAAGCAAAAGCGUUUAUUACUCGCAAAAUGUAUGAUCUAGCUAUUAAAAUUCUGCUUAAUCCAAACGAUAUAAGAUUGGCCGACAAGCAACUUAGACACUGGGUUCGUACAACUUUUGAGCUAAGAAAAGAUGCCGAUCAAGACAAUUACAUACUUUACAAAAGAUCCAAAGGACCCAACAGUAGGCCUGCGCGGCCAGUUUGUCCGAAGGAACGCUUAUACGAAGUUCUAGCGGAAAUGCACGAUCAACUUCAACAUCCUGGCAUGACAGUGUUUUGGAACGCCAUUGCUUCUAAAUACGCAUGCAUUACGCAAGAAUUAGUGGAAAUAUUUAUCAGCAACUGUUCUAUUUGUAAUUUUUAUAAAAAUAAAGGAAGAUUGUCCAUGAAAACAAUAUUACCUUCAAAAUUCCUCACCAGGGUUCAGUAUGACUUGAUGCAUGUAACGCUACCGGAUGAAAACUUUCAAUACAUCUGCCAUGCGAGGGAUGAUUUUACCAACUGGCUAUGGACGGCUCCACUGAAAACCAAAAGCCCUCAAGAAGUAGUCAAUGCAUUGUUCAACAUGUUUAUUGUAUUCGGUGCACCGCUGAUUCUUCAGUCGACUAGCGGGAAAAAAUUCACCGCCGAAGUUAUUCAACUCUUCAAGCAAAGAUGGCCUCAAUCAAAAAUUAUUCAAGGAAAAUUGCUUCCGAGAUCGCACGAGAAUAUGGAAAAAAUAAACAACAGCUUGCAACAAAAGCUAGCGGAAUGGGUGAAUUUAAAUAAACAUAGUUGGAAUAUAGGACUUCCAAUUAUCACUUAUGAAAUUAAUACAUCAGUUUCCCGCGUGACAGGUGCAACACCAUAUGAACUGGUGUUUGGUCAAGCGCCAGUUGCAAAUUUAAAUUUAUUGAGCGAACUCGAGGAUGAAGGUGUAUGCAGUGAGGAAACCAUGCAACUGAAAAUUGAAGAAAUGCCCUAUUCUAAUAAUGAUUGUGCAUACAAUAAUGAGACUACUACCAAUGUAGGAAAUGCCGAGCUGUUAAUCGAACAGGAAAAUGCAUGUUCUGCAAACGCUAUGGAAGCAACUACCGGACAAGAAGGAGAAAAACGGGGAACUAAUUUUGAGAAUAACCAAGAUGACGAAAGUCAACAUAGUAAAAGUUCUCGUUCGCAAUGCGCAAAAUGUAACAAACCCCCCACAUCAAUAAAAGAGUUUUGGAGACAGGCAGAAUGUAUAACCGAAGAAGAUUGGGAAAGCGUAAAAGAAUUGCUAUCAUCGACCGAAGAGUUGUUGGUAGUAGAAAAAUCUACAGAUAAAUUGAAGAAACACUUGACAAUUUUAUUAAAAAAUUUGCUAAGAUUUGAGCAAAAUAACAAGUUUCCUCAAAAUGAAGUGCGAGAAUGGAACAACAAGAUAAGCGCGUGGUUACGCAUUGUAUCUGAACGCGCAAACAGCUCUCUUGAACAACCUGUAAUCGAACCGAUUACUAAAAAUACUAGUGAAGUUAAAGUAAAAAGACAGAAACGGUCAAAUGUUGCGAAAUAUCUAAAUACCAAAAAAUUACGUUUGGAGUAG